CGACAAAUAUCCUGUCUUUGACUAUUUUCAGGGUAAGAACAAGCGAUAGAUGUUUUCUGACAGCUGUUUUUAGUGUUGCAGCGGGAUUUAAAAGUACCACAAGUUCACACACACACUCACACACACACACACACACACACACAGGUGGUUAUAUAAUCAUGGUAUCUGGGUCUCUUUUUUCCCCUCGUUGAAUGUGAAUGUCAACUGAACUGUCAGAAUCUGGAGAAAAAAGCUGCUGCUGCUGCUGCAAGACGGGGGAAACUGAGACUGUAGUUUUUCUGCUAGACUGCUAAUUUAAGUGCGUGUGUGUGUCUGCACGUGACAGGUGUUUUGGUAACCAUGGCAAUCAGAUCGAGGGAGGGGCAGAUGUUUUUAGAAACAGUCUAGAGCAGAGGAUGAUUAUCAAUUCUUACCUCGACGUUUUGUGAAUUUGCUGAAUCUAGACUAUCAGAUAGAUUCUCAGUGUUUAAGUGUGACUUUGAAUGUUUGUCAGGCGCAAUAUAACAUGGCACACAGUCACGGGGAAAUAUGACAAUGUGCCAUGUGUGUGUGUGUGAGAGAGAAAUGUGGAGUUUCACGCCAUCAUUAUCUCGCCGCCUUGGAAGCUGCAAGUUGCCGAGAAGUGGGCCAACCUCGACUUAAACGCGUCGGCUCGAGAAGUGGGGAGAGCGGAAAGUGAAAGUGACACGCAAGUUCCAAUUGAAAAGACUGGCAGAAGAAAAUGUGUAAGAUUAAAUGAAUAAAAAUCGACACAGUGUUUCAUGGAAAUCCACAGAUACGGCGGAGCUUUGAGGUUUUUUCAUGGGAUUGAAAUUGAGUAAGACACUCCAAGUAACCUCGGCAGAGAGUUCUUUAUCCUCACGAAAGACAUGAACAAGUUAAAAAAUACUGAACUGAAUGUUUUCAUAGAUGAGCUGAAAAAGUCAAUUUUCUUUAAACUUGCAGGAUUCUUAUCAGUUUUGCAGGUUUUAAAUAAAUUUGGCAUUACGAUAUCUAAUUGUUGCUGUGCCUCAGACGGAUCCAACUGGAUUAAAUUCAGGACAAACUGCUCGUAAAUUUCAGAUGUUACUAACAGAGAGUAAAAGGUUAAUGGAGUCGUGCAUAAUCAGGAUUUUAAAUUAAUUUUGUAAUUUUCUAGGAAAAAGGUAUUUCUCUGUUCGUUUUAAUUUAAUAAAAUCAAUAUUUUUAAAAUUUAGAAUCAAAGAAAAGAAAUAAAAUUUAUGGAUAAAAUAUUAAUUCAGCUUCAGUUGAACUCAGGUGUCAUUUUUAAGUAAACUACAGUAUGUUCAAUUUUUUUUUUUAGAUACACUCUAACACAAAACUUAACACUCUAAAAACACUUUUAACACUGUAAAAAUUGUCUUAGAACACAAACAAGACUAUAAAAAACAAGACUAUAAAAAACACUCAUUUAUAUCUAUGUAAAAACACUUUGGGUACUGUAAAAUUUUAACACUGUAAAAACUACAUUUUACACUGUGAAUACACUUAACACUAUUAAAGCAUACUUUGAACCCUUUCAAAAACACACUUAAAUCUUCAAAAAUAAAACUCAAACCUAAAAAAGUCCAGUUUAACUCUGCAAAUAAUAAUUCUAAUUAAAAAAUAUACCUUUUCACAAAAUUUUAAAAUACUUUUAUACUACUUUAACACUGAAAACUUGCUUUGUGUAUUCAGUUUUAUAGCAGGAAACACAAGGAGGUCAUUUUAAUGGAAACAAAGUUAAAGAUGAAACAAUAAAGAUGAAAUAAUGACGGUCUUUACUGGUUGAAGGGGAAAAACAGCAACAGGUGAUUCUGUGAGGUGUGACUGUCGCUCUCCGCUCAGAUCUGAAAGUAAAAGGGUUCACGUGGAGGACACUUUAGCUAGCCCGUGCACACGCACACACACACACACACACUCUAACGCAGGGAAAAAAAUGAUCACCAUGGUAACAGCAGCCUUAGCAUCAGGAUGUGUGCCUUAAAUAACCCUCGUCUAUUUCUGUCUGUCUGACUGUCUGUCAAGUCUGAGGCGAGCAUCUUUAAUCACCAGAGCGGGAUCCGUUUCUUCUCUGGUGUAAAUAUUUCUACCUCGAAGGGAUCAGAGGUGAUUUUCACAUGAACGAUGGAGGAAAUGUUGUUUCAAAACACCAGAAUAUCAGGAGUAUUCAGGCUUAUAUUCUGUCUUUCUGCUUUGUUGGGAAUUACUCUUGUUUAUCAGUAUAUGGACCUGACAUUUUUCGGGUUAUUUUACUUUACCUUUGUGUGUAAUUUUACACAGCUUCACUCCCUUUGUUAGUAAACCCUCUUGUGCUUAAAUACCUUGCCCUCAGUCAUCUGCAUUUACCCUUUAAAUGAGUAAUCUCAUCCUAUGAAAGAAUCCCAGAGAUCUCUAGUUUUCACACCAAGAUAAGAUUCAACUUUGAAAAAAGAAAAGAAAAUACCUAAAAUAAAAAAAAGAUUAAAAAAAAUAAAAAUUCUUAAAAAUAAAAAAAAUUAAAAAUAAAAAUAAAAAAAUUUAAAUAAUAAAAUAAAAUAAAAAACUUCGGUACUAAGUAAAAAAUAAAAUAGAAUAAAGUUGAAUUAAAUAAAAACAAAUUUGAAAAAGAAUAAAUAAAAUAAAAAAUAAAUCAUACAAAUAGAAAUUAAAAAAUUAAAAAUUAAAAUUAAAAUUAAUUAAAAAAUAAAAAUACAUGAAUAAAAAAAAUUAAACUCAAUUAAAAAAACAACAACUUUGGUACCAAGUCUCAAAACUUGCGUUUUAAGCCACCCAAAUUAUUGCUUCUCUCCAAAGAAAUGCCCAAAAUCCAACAAGAAUUGACUGUUUUAUCUAAAUAUCUUAUCUAUUGAAUAUGUUUGAGUAAUAGUUUUAUUCUGAAAGGGAACCACCUCUAAAUUACUGCGAAUCAAGGCCAAAAAUCUGUAAUGACUUUCUUUUUAUAAAUGAAUUGAAAAGAAAAACCUUAAAAUCAUGACUGGCAGUUCCACGAGCAGCAUCCUUCAUUAUUCACUGUCACACAUUUCCUGGCUAACCUGCCACUAAUUAGAGAAAUCAGUUAAUUAAGGCCAACUAACUGCAUGGGCUUCGCAGUGAGCAGCUGGGUCUGAGUGUGUUUGUUUGUGCUCUCUUGACUGACAUGUGGUGGGCGUGCAAUUGGACACAUGCUGCCCAGAGGCACACAGAUAGACAGUCUGCUAUAUAAAGACACAAUUUAACUCACUUGAAACCAAUUAAGUUUGUAAAUUUGAAAGAACCAAGAGCAGGUAAGAAACUGUGAACAGAAGCAAAAACCUAAGAGAGGAAACAAGAGUGUGAAAGGAGUCAAAGAUCAUCUGAGAUAAAGGGUCAGCAUGUGCAGCAGAUGGUUGCCAGCAGCAACCCGGUGAUGUGACGGCAUCGACCGCUCUCCUCACAUCUGCCACAACAUCCCUCUGAGCGUGCAUGUGAGUGUGAUGGUAUGUAAUUUCCAUGCACAUCUGCCGCCGCACACUAAAGCCCUUUCUACAUGACGUGACUCCAGCUGAGUGCAAAUGUCAGAGUGCAGUAAAUCGUCCUCAUCAGGACAGUUGACUUUGACUGUCAAAACACACUAUCCCCCCUUUAGAGGACCCCGCCCACAGCUUCUAAGAAGGCCAAAUACAGCGGAUUACAAACAGCAGUCAGAUCUCUCCUUUCACACGAGGGCCACACUCAAAACUCCGACAGAGCAGCGCUCAGCCUGAGGCUCAGGAGUACGCCAGAAUCUGCCCAUGUAGAGAUUUCAGCUCCUCUACUGGACUCCAGGAAAUAAAGGAGUCAAGAUUAAGCAUUACAAAAGGGUUAAUCCAAUAACAUAUGUUGAUGUUACGCCUUUACCAGUCCUAAAUGAUGGUGUAGUAAAAGAGCGCCGCCUCUGAACUGUCAAAAGCUACGUUUACAUGUGCAAAAUUUCUUGAUCUGAUUAAAAAUUUGAGGGAUUGGAUAAUCUGAAUCCACUGUUUAUAUGGGUGCAAAAUCAAAUAAUCUGAUCAUGACCUGCGUAUACAUGCACCAAGUUUUUUUCAGAUUAGUAGCAUUUGGACAUGCGCAGAGUUGUCUAAUUUCACUAAAACAACCGCAGAAGAGGAAGAGUUGUAUUUACGCCUGUGCUGUCGACAAACCAACAAACGCGGUAGUGGCUCACUCCAUCUAAUUCAAGAGUUUUUCCCUGUUAAAUGUUGUCACUAGAUGGCGCCCUUGCGUACUUAUUUUACUGUCCUGUCAAAAGUUGCACUGUGCGUGAAGAUGUGACAUCAUUAUGUUGUUUGUACACCUUGUUAUGUUAUUGGAGGAGCAGACACGGCACCUGUGGUUGUGUUAAUAAUGAAACCACCUGUACUGGCCUAAAUAAUAAGUCAAAAGGCUAAAGGGUGAAGAUCGAGUCAGGUAAGAGAGUCACAAUCGGCAUGAACUACACCUCUUGGUUGGAAUUCCUGUUUACACGGACUAGUUUCAGAAUAAUAAUCAGCAUAAACCACCUCUCCCUAUCGGAAUGAGUGUUGACAUAAACGAGUUGCAGAAUAUCUAUAUAAAACACCCUUCUCGAUCGGAAUAAGAGUUUACAUGGAUGCAUGUCAGAAUAGCUAUCAACAUAAAUUACCCCUCUCAAUUGGAAUAAGUGUUUACAUGGACGCGUUUCGGAAAAGCAAUCGGCAUAAACCACCCCUCAUGAUCGGAAUAAGCGUUACAUGCAUGCAUUUCGGAAUAGCAAUCAGCGUAAAUCACCCCUUUCGAUUCAGAAUAAGUGUUUAUGUGGACGUGCUUUGGAAUAGCCAUUGGCAUAAACCAUCCCUUUCAAUCAGAAUAAGUGUUACAUGGAUGCGUUUCGGAAAAUGCAAUCGGCAUAAACCGCCCCUCAUGAUCGGAAUAAGUGUUUACAUGAACGGGUUUCAGAAUAGCCAUUGGCAUAAACCACCCCUCUCAUUUGGGAUGCAAUUUUAUUUCGAUUAAGCCAAAGUGGAUCAGAAUCUUCUGAUCGACAUGUUUACAUGGACGCUUUUUUAUUCUAAUCGGGCAAUUAUUUGAUUCUUUGUGCCCAUGUAAACGCAGCUUAUGAUUCUCUUCUCUAGUUUGGCUGAAGGCAGGAAACCUGGGUACAGUUUAGGGUGAGCAGAUGCAGGGGUAGAUUGAGAUUUGAUCAAAUAUAAAAUACACUAAACUCUAAACUGUGGCGCUUACUUGUUUCCUUGUUAGUGAAAUGAAUUUUUGAAUUCUGACUGAGUAGGACACCCACAAAAACACACAGCUAGACAAAGAAUCACAGACUGCCAGUCAGCAAUUUCAGAUCAAUUUGAGAGAAAUCCUUUUUCUCCACAUCUGCUCCUGAACGUGCAAACAAAUGCAAUAUUCAUCCAGUUCAGAUCUGACUCUGAGCAUUAAAACAAAUGCAAUACAGGGCCGACUUAAAGGCCAAAUCCCCCGAUCAGAGUGUAUCAGCUACAGGCAGCUGAAGACAAAAUACAGGUCUGAGUUUACACACAAUACAAACUAUGGUUUGACGCUGGUGAAUGAGGGAUCUUAACCCCGUGUUAAGUGUCUUUUUAUUAAAUGUAAACAGAGGGAUAAAUCUGCGUUUGGAUUCAAGGAUCUUAAUAUAAAUCUUCGACGUCCAAACAAAUGAAAGUGUUCAAACCUGAGGGAAAGGAAAAGUCGAACCAGCUGGAGACUCUUUCCAAUCAUCAGAAAAUCACAUGUUUAAACACGGGAUGUGAUCGAACAACAGCUUAAAGGAACUUUAUAUCAGCUGUCACGUCAAACGUUACCACAUUUCCUAGGAAAGCUGCGCACAUCAGUUUAUUUUCAGCUUCAGUUUGACUCUAUUUUUAUUGUGAUGCACCAACCAGCACGAGCUCUCCGACGGCUCGGUGUUUUCCUGGCCCAGGAAUGUACCAGGUGGUAUUUGGAGUAUGUUUUUCUGGUUUGGUCAGAAGGUAAUUAUAGCUGAAGAGCAAACAGAUGGCAGCUCUCAAAAGUGGUGAAAGGAAACGCAAAUUAAUGAUUCAGAAAAAUUCACACAAAUAUAACCCACUGACUGAAUGUUGGCUCGUGUCUACAAAGGUUGUCAUCCUUUGUGACCCUGUCUCCAUCAGAAAACAUCUCACAGGGGUUCAGACAAGGAAACUCCACUUCAAUAAAUCGUUUUUUAAAAAGCUGCUUUCGCCACAAUAAAGACGAUUUCGGUAACACAGGCUGUGCCGCGGCUUUAUCCAGGACAGCUGAUUAAUCUGAGCUAAAAUUACUCCCAGGGGGAAAAUAUGUAACAAUAAUAAUAACUUCAAAAAAAAAAAAAUUGAGGUUGAAUACACUCCUCUUUCUGCCUCGCCUCGAACACACAGAUGUUGUUUGUGUUUUUAAAAAAAAGGCCUCCUCCUGGCUUUCCCAGAAUCCCUUGUUGAUUCUCCCAGCAUGCUUGCAGGUUGCAGAGAGAAGAAGGAGGAGCUAAAAUGUCAGAGGUUGGCUGUCGAGAAUGUUUGAUCCGACUUUUUUCCUCUCUAUAGUCUAGCACCUCUCUCUGUAUACAUCCGCCCCUCACUUUAAGAUCAUGUUUAAAGAUGGAGGGACGAGGAGGUUACGGGUUCAAGAGUGAACGUGCGUUUUAACACGCUUCCUCUGGUGUCGAGGGGUUUUAGUUUCUCCCAGGGACCAAAAACACUUUCACAGAUUCAAAAACCACACUUCUCUCAUGAUAAAAUCACUAAAGGAAACACAAUUCUCACGGGAAAAUUAGAAAUCUGGUCUCUAUUUUUCUGCUCUUCAAAAUUAUUUAAGCACCACUAACCCCACUUUUAAUCUUCUGAACUGAAAUGAUCUUACUUUUAAAGUUUGAAUGUGUUCAUCACCUCUUCUACUUACUUAUCUUUUCCUUCCACUUAAGAUCUCUUUUAAGGAAAACUCGGAUUUUAACUUUAUACAUCAGUCCUUAUUAUAAACAGUGAUUGAAAUCUGUAUGUUUUGCUCUUACUUUUAGCCACUUUAACUUUAAUCUUGCUCAACUAUAUCCUGCCUGUUGAGAGGUUCACAUGAGUUUGUCAGUGAAUUAAUUGAUUUUUUUAAGUUAACCAAUUGCUCCACCUGCUGGACAAUAUCCUACAUUACAUCAAACUUUUAAAAUUUAAACUGCAAUCCCAACACUAAUAAAAGUAGAUUUAUUUAUUUAUUUUUUAUUUUUUUACAGUCACCAUUUGUAGUGGAAGCCACUGCUUAACAACACUUACAUUACGCCGUUACAGUGAUAGACAACGUAUGUACCUGAAAGGACUAAAAAUUUCUUUCAUUUCUCAAACUACCAGCACUCUUAAAAAAUUUAAAAGCACCUUUUAAUUGUUAAUAAUUUAAAAAACAACUUUUAAUUGUUAGAAAUGAAAUAUUGUUACUUUUCAAGUUUGGAGGGUUCAUUACCUCUUCUACGUACAAAUCUUUUAAUUUCACUUGAGAUCUUUUAAAAUGAAAACUUGGAUUUUAACUUUAUACAUCAGUCUUUUUCAUUAAAAGUGAUUUAAGUCUGUAUGUUUUGCACUUCUUUCCCAUUUCUAAAUCUUUUGAACAAUAUCCUGUCUGUAUUUUGGGGUUCAUAUGAGUUUGCCUCAGUGAACUGAUCUUUUUAAAUUAACCAAUUGCUCCACCUGCUGGACAAAAUGCUUCAUUACAUCAAAAUCUAAAAUUUAAGCUGGAAUCCCAACACCAAUAAAAGUAGAUUUUGUUUGAUGUUGUCUGUUUGAUGAAAAUGUUAUGUUUUAUAAAAAAUAAAAAAAAAACAUUUUCAAUCAGCCAGCAUAAAAAAACUACUGAAAAAGGUGUAAAAAAAAUGUUGUCUUAACAAAUUAGGUCGAUUUUUUAAUAGCUCAGUAACAUGACUAAAUGUAAAAUCACCUCUUGCAGGAACAGAGAGCUGUCCAUCAGAGUAAAUUUGUAGCAAAAUCAAGGAUUUCAGCACCUUCAUAAGAGAAUCAUGAGAAAACUGCUGUAUGCCUGUGAUACUGCACAGAAACAGCUCGACUCUGUAGUGGAAGUCACUGCUUAGCAACACUUACAUUAUGCCGUUACAGCAUAGUUAGACAAGAUAGACAACAUAUUUACUGAUAGGACAAAACAUUUCUGUUAUUUCUCAAUCUACCAACGCUAACCAUCAUCUGAAGACGAGCCACAACUAUAAGCAAUCACAUCUAGAUGAAGACAUCAUAAAGCAAUCAUCAUGUAUAGACUUACACCAACUAGAUCAGAUUCACUCUCUCUCAUCAACAAGUGAAAUGAAAGAGAAUUUUCCUGAAACUAUUUUAACACCGUCAAUAAACAAGUUUUUCUUUUUCAUAUUCCUUCAGCUCAGAACAGGCUUUAGCUUUAUUAUCUUGUCAUUUUUGGCAGGACGAGUUGGAGUUCACUUUAAAAGGUUUUCCUAGAUUUAUAACAGGGUAGACUGACAUCAUUUUAAAAGGCAUGCAGUCCCUGUCAAUCCUUUUCAGCUUGUGAUAUUGAAACCCAAUCUGAGGACAAAGAGCGGCGCUGUGCUUUUGAUUCCUGGAGUCAUCAUUGUAGCUAACAGCUGCUGGGAUGACUGCAUGGACUUCAGAAGAACCAGCGGCUUUAAAUGGAACCAGUAAUGUGGCGUUAGUCCUUCAAACGACUGCUAUUCAUUUAUCAAAUUGUUUCAUACUUCAUAUUAAUUUUUGUCCACUUAAUGAACGAUUCUGAACCGUCUGUGUUUGAGACGGUAUGCCGAGGCACUAAAGGUCAAAUAUCUAUGAGGGCCGUUUGCAGCGUCUAUCUAUCAGGAGCUUCGGCUUUCCAAAACACUUGACUUGAAGAGAGAGAGAGUUAUUGUCUGAGAAUGCAGGCGACAACUGUCAACACCGGAUUCAAAUCUGUGGGGGUGGUGGGAGUCUGCUAACCGCACAAGUACAGGCACUUACUGAGGGAAAUAAAAGUGGAUUGAUUCAUCAUGAAUCUUGUAUUAGAUGAUCUAAAACGUUUUUCAUUUUCAUCUGCGUUCAUGAUCCGACUUAUUUUCUAUUUACAGCUUUGACUUCAAACCUGAGCUAAGAAAGCAGCUUGAGUUUUAGUCCUCGUUGUCUAAGGUCUUUAUCCUUAUCUUUUUUCUUAUCAGUAUCACAUAAAUCACCAAACAGAGCCUGAGCUUUCACAGAGGCAGAAACUUUUACCUAUUCUAAUGCACCGAAGUUGUACAUUUUUAUUGGAGCUCGAUAAAAUACGAGGUAAAUGACUGGUAAAGAAAAAGGAAAGUAAGGUCUCAAUUCUAGGUUUGCUACCACAGAUUUGCUGUAGCAUUGCAUUCGUAUGAAAAAGGGUCAGGGCCACAAAAAGAGAAAAAAUAAAUAAAGGAGGGAGAUUUUUUCAAUUUCCAUUUCGAGAUCGAAAUUGAAAUUUGAAGAUUAAAGGUGAAAUCUAAAAAAGUCGAAAUGAAAAGAAUCAAAAUUUCAAGAUUUAAAAAUCUAAAUUAUGUGAAUAAAUUAUGAAUUUUGAUUUUAAUCUCAAAAUUGUAGUUUUUUUAGUGUUGAAAUUUUGACCUUAUUCACAACAUUUCGACAUUUUGAAAAUUUAGACUUUAUUGACAUAAUUUAGAUUUUUUAAUCUGGAAAUUUAAAUUUUUAAUCUGGAAAUUUGAACUUUAAUCUCGAAAUUUAAAAAUCUAAUCAGAAAAUUUAAAAUUAAAUCUUGAAAUUUCAACUUUAAUCACGCAAUUUAAAUUUUUUAUCUGGAAAUUUCAACUUUAAUUUAGAAAAUUUCAAUUUUUAAUCAAGAAUUUUCAACUUUAACCUCAGAAUUACGACUUCAAUCACAAAAUUUCAAUAUUUUAGCUCAAAAUUUAGACUCUAUUGACAUUUUUUUUAUUUUUUAAUCUCGAAAUUUCUAUUUCUAAUAUGGUAAUUUCGAUUUUGAUCUCUUAAUUUCAAUUUUUAAUCUGAAAAUUUUGACUUUAAUCUGAAAAUUUUGACUUGAAUUUUAAAAUUUCAAUUUUUAAGAUCGAAAUUUGACUCCAUUGACAUAAUUUUGGUUUUUUUUAAUCUUGAAAUUUCAAUUUUUAAUCUGGAAAUUGUGUCUUUAUUGACAUUAUUUAGAUUAGAUUAGAUAGAUAGAAAUUUUGACUUAAAUCCCUUUUUCGACUUUAAUCUCAUUGCUGUUUUUUUUUGUUGUUGUUGUUGUUUUUAUGUGGGCCUAAUCCUCUUUCGUACAUUUAUCUUUGGCAUUUUCUUGCAUCCUGUUAAUCAUCUAUUUUGGGAUCUGUUUCGUGUCACAGCUUUUCUCAAGGAUCAAACUUGACAAGCCUUUUAUGAUUAGGUAUUAAAAAAGUUGGCUGUACCGACUGAAAAAAAGGGCAGUGGGUGACAUUUAGAUCGUCCCUGUCCGUUUCACAUGAUACAACAACAGCUGGAGCUUCGUUAGUGUUGCAAUAAUUGUGUUUCAGAUAUUUCACAACUGUCUUCAAUCGAUUUCUUUGAAUUCCUCUUCUCCACACAGUGAUGUUGCUUAAAUAUGACCCUGUUUGUGGGUCAGCAUGACUCAUGACUAAAGGAGCCCCAGCAGCUGGGGUGUCCUUUCUUUUCUGGGGUUUAACUCGGGGUAUCUGUUGAUCCACAGCAGAUCUCGGCCUCCCCCUAUCUUUAGUGAGCCCUGGUCUGUGAAUGGACAGCCUAACUUUAUCUGACCCCUUGUCAUCGAAGCUGCUGGUAUUUUUAGGUAGUGGCUCGCAGUGGCAGCAGCUGCGAAAGCAUUUAAUGUCCCCCUACCACCAGCCCACCCCCCAAUUCCAACCUCCUCUCUCACUCUUUAGCCGUUGUACAAUGACUGUAUCAGAGCUGACGCAUGAACCAAGAAGAACUCUGCUGCAAGAGUGUGUUUAUAUUCCUCACACCAAACUAAAGAGGCACAACCAAGAGACCAGGACUGGAUAGAUUGGAAGAACCAAAUCUAAACCAAACUGUUGAAGAAGAAGAAGAAGGACCAAAAAGUCACAGAAUUAACUGAUGACAGCCUGAAUGUUUCGAGGACAUCUUUCUUAGUAAACACAGAUACAGUUACAAAAUGGUUUAAAGACAGCGACCCACAGCAAAGGUAGGUUCAUCCUUUAUUGAGAUGUUUUUUUCCCGCUGAUUUUAUGAGCCGUAAUAUGUUUGUUUGGUAUAGAUUUACUCUAUAACUAAACUUUAAAUCGUGGGUAAACUAAAGCUUGUUUAAUCCAAAGACCUUUCCAAUAUCUUACAUAACUAAUGGCCCAUGCUGUUCAGAAGAAGAUGUGCAUCUGAUGGAGAGAGCACAGUGCGUCACACAGCACGGAUGUUUGACAUGCCAAAAAUUAAGAAGGUGAUAACAUGAGGGAAACAGAUGAGCCACAUGAGAUGGAUUACUUUCCGUCGAGCUGCUAGAGUGGAUGUCUGCGUCCAGAGAAAAAUACUCUAACUCCUUCUGAAAUGCUCUGAUUCAUAAACACACACUCCAUGCUUUCACUCAUGGGUCAGUUCGUGAUUGCAGAUGUGUCCCCAUGUGCUGUGUGACACAUGGUUACUGGUGUCUUUUUUUGGACAGACUACUUUAUAAAUAUACUCUUCAAUGAGCUACAGCACCAGCUGAGGGGGCAAACAAGCAGUCUAAGAUUGCUAGAAAACCAACUUUAUUAAGCCCCCGUCUGUGCGAUAACGAGCGAGCUAAACCUCUGUUAAUCCACGGGGACUUCAUGACGCAGUUUAAAUAUCUGAAACUUCUGAUUUUAACAGUAUAAUGUAAACAGAAACUUACAUUAAUAGAAAAUAUCCAAACCAUGAGUUAGGAAUUUUGCCAAUUUAGGAUGCUAACACUCUACUAAUGUUUUAAGUCGCAUUAACUGGGAUAGUUCUGACAUUAUAUCUUGGACCUCGCUCUGAGUAGGUGUUAAAUCCUCCAUAAAAGACCGGUUAUCAUCAGGAUUUGAAAGACAGCAUGAUUAGAAUUCGGGAAGAAGGAGAAGAGCAUUCUAUGUUGUUGUUUUUUUACUUGGAUAGAUUAAAAAUUAUAAAAAUAUAUGAUGACUUUCAUCUGUAUCUGUCAUAUGUUUUGCUCAUUUAGUUUUCUCCUUGUGUUGUUUAUUUAAGUGUAUUUUUCCUAGUGUUCCUGUUCCCCUGUAGUCCUGUCUUGUGUUUUCCGAUUUUUAGUUUGUGUUUGACCCUAUUUCCCUCAUGUUCUCAGUGUUUUAUUCUUUAUAUCAGUUUUCAGUGUUUCCUGUUUUAUUUUGUAGUAGUUUAUUCCCUGUGUUUCUUGUCUUGUUUUACUUUCUCAGUUUUCCCUCCUUAGUAAUUGUCUGCACCUGUGUCUCGUUGUCUCACCUGCCUCUCGUUGCUCGUUUCCCUGUGUGUAUAUAUGGUCCUUGUCUUCCCCUGUUUCCUUGUUGGUUCAUUGUGUUGUGUGUGUGUUUGUCCAGGUGUGCCUAUACCAGUGUCUCCUUGUGAUUUUUUGUUCCCUAGAUUUUGCUUCUUGUGUAUUUUUUGGGAAUUUUUCAGUUGGACAUUUAAAGUCAGCUUUUGCAUUAGGACCCUUUUCCUUUUUGUUUAACUCUGGAUCGUGACAGUAUCUCCUCUAUCAGUUUCUACAAGCUGAGAUAAUUUUUUCUGCAAAUUAAAGUAACGUCUCAUAUUUUAUUUUGUUAUUUCACAUACCUUGAUGUUGCUGUUGGUCAUUUAAUGGGAGUUGACAGCCUGUUAACUGUUUAGAAUCAGCACUUAAACACUGCACUAAGGACGGUACGCAGAUGGCUGAGCAGGUUAGCACGCACCACGUAUGGGGACCACAGUCCCCACAGUGGUUGUAGGUUCAAGUCUAGCCCUGACCAUGUGCUGCAUGUAAUCCUUCCCCUCGCUCUAUCUUCCCACAUUUUACCCUAUUUUAUCAUUAAAAAUGCAAAAAUUGACAAAAAAAAAGAAAAGAAAAACUGCAUAAAGAAUAAAGUUUAUCCUUGAUUUCAACAAUAUUUUAGUUACUUUAGACAAUAUGUUUUGCUGGUUAUGUUGAACAUUAUGCCUUUUUAGUGAAACUUAAGUUACAAACUAUUUUCAGUGUAUAGUUUAGAGUGGACUUCACAUCCAUCAAAUCCUUCAAAUGUCCGCGGUUUUGGAUGGAAGUUUCGAGUUUGUGUCACGCGAACUUACUGAGUUAGAGGCGUGUUAAAAUCACUCGAUCCGACCCGAAAAACUCAAAAUUAAGUAUGUGCGACUUUGUGACUCUGCCUCUGCAUAGUCAUGUCCUCUUUUUGGGGAUUCAGAAUAUGGUCACCCUAACUUAGGGCACAACUUAGAGAAAGCUGGUGCAAAAGGGCAAAAUCUUCAAAAAUCAACAUAUUGACUUUACUUAAAUUGAUCGCCUAAUGAAAUGCAUCUUUCUUUAUCCUGCAGCUCUUUCACCAAAGAUAAGAAGUACAAAUCAAGAGGACCCAACAUUCAAAACAAGUUUCUUCAUUCAAGCCAAAAAGAAAGCAACAUCUCAUCAUGGAUAUUUUUGGAGGUGCUCCGCGUGUUUUGGGUUAUCCACGCCCUGUAAUGGCAAAGUGCGGCACAGUUGCCACACUGAGGUGCCAAAUCGAUGGGGACCCUCGCCCUGAUGUGAUCUGGGAGAAAAAAAAUGUGCAGAUCCAAUCUGAUGGACACUACAAGCUCUCUGAAGAGGGCAAGGCAUACCUGCUGACCAUUGCUGGAGUGACUCUGCAGGAUGCCGGCCAGUAUAUUUGCAAAGCCAAAAAUAGCAUUGGCGAAACCUAUGCAGCCGCCUCCCUUAAAGUCGAAGGAGAGGCACAGCCACAAGAAGGGGGGCAAGGGGAAUUAGCGGUUAAUGGUGUGAGGCAACUGGGUAAAGCAAAUGGUGAGGUCCAAGGACACCUGAAUGGCUACUGUGCGGUGCAAAAUGGUGAACACAGGGGUGAGAAUGGAGUGGUGUUAAACGGAGAUCACAAGUGGAAUGGCAAGGUCAGUGAAGCUCGAGAGGAGGUUGAUUUGACAUCAGAUGAUAGACCACGGUUCCUCAUUAAGCCCCUCUCUCUGCGCGUGGAUCGGGGAGAAGACGCCGCCUUCUCCUGCAAGAUCUGGGGCACUCCUCUUCCAGAAGUUACAUGGGAGAAAGACGGGAAGAAGCUGAAUGACAUCUUCGAGAGCGCACACUUCAGCAUAAGCAAUCAAGAUGGAGGCUGGUUCCAGCUUAAGAUCUACAGAACUCGGAUGCCAGACAAAGGAGUCUACACCUGCAGGGCUGUCAACUGUCACGGGGAGGCCUUGGCCGGUGCUGUCCUGCUUGUUGAGCCAGUUCCAGAACGAGAAGAUAGUAAGAAGUCCUCAAAUGGUCACACAAACAGCCAAUGGUCGCCAAAGCCCAGGGGAGGGAGGCUCAGUUUGUCCAGGAUUACCGAGGAGCAACAUGUCAACACCUCUAAAGCCAAGAAGUUUGCAGUGGCAGAGGGGAAGCACGCAAAGUUCCGCUGCUUUGUGACAGGCAAGCCCAAGCCAGAGAUUGUUUGGAAGAAAGACGGGGUUCCCCUUGAGCCCGGGAGACGUCAUUUGAUAUUUGAAGACAGAGAGGGUUACUACACACUGAAGGUUCUGUACUGUAAAGUGCAGGAUACAGGACUGUAUGUCUGUGCAGCAUCAAAUGCUCUCGGAAACACCUUGAGUGCUGUUCAUCUGUCUGUAAAAGGUAAGGAAAACCUCAGACCUCCUUUAGCUACACACUGCGGUUUCAAUCUGAAAGUGACAUUUGAGGGCCUGUCGUCAUCCUUUAAAAUGGCAAAUGAUUUAGUCCUAAUCCCUUUAUGAUGGAUAGAUGAUUGUCAGGGUCAGAUUCCUUUUCAUACACGCAAUCCCACAGUGUACCAGCUGCUUCUAUGAUAAGUGUUGGCUUAGUCUGCUGGUCUUUAUAUACUGAUAAUGAGGUGCCAUUAAAGCAAGAAAGCACUGCUUCAAAAGCAUUUAGCACUGGAAAGAGGUUCAAGUGAACUCAAGUUUUCACUGAAAAGGAAAAAUGUAACAUCUGCAAUUCCUGGGGAGAAGAUUGGAAUAAAAAACAGCUAGGAAUUCUGGGAAAUCCAAAGGAAAGUAGAAACUCAGGUACUGAGUCAAAAAAAAUUGUAGUUUAAGUUUGAAGAAAUCGCCGAUCGAUCUUCACUUGCGCAGAACUUCUCUGCUUAAUUGAUCCGAAACAUCAAACUUUUUCCUCGUUCUUCAGGCCCAGCCGUGAGGUUCAGGCGUCCGUUGAAAGAUGUUGAAGUGAGGGAGAGGGAUGUGGCUGUGCUGGAGUGUGAGGUCCCUGACGAGUCAAUUCCAUCAGCCUGGUACCUAGAGGACCAGCGGCUGAUGCCUAGCAGUAAGUACGGGAUGGAGCAGAAAGGAACAAGAAGAAGACUGACCAUCCAUGAUGUUGGAACAGACGAUGAUGGAGUGUAUCUCUGUGAGAUGCCUGAUGGGGCAAAGAGCAUUGCAGAGCUGUCUGUUAAAGGUAUGAUGCACUUUACAUUUCUAUAAUUUAAGAUGUGAAUGUGGUCGACAUUUUAAAGGAUCAAGAAAGGUACAAAUGAACUUUCCAGUAAUGAAAACAAGUGCACCAAAAUACGAUUCAAUUUACAGGUACAAUUAUUAGAAAGCUUCCCAGGAAGCUGGAGGUCCUAGAGGGAGAGAACGCCGUCUUCUGCGUGGAAGUAGAAAGUGAUGACAUGGAGGUCCACUGGUUCAAAGAUGGUUUAAAGCUACAUGAGACUCAUCAGACCAUCCUGAAGUCUUUUGGAAAAACACACAUUUUGGUUUUCGUCAAUGUGGCCUAUCACGACUCAGGGGUGGUGACCUUUGUUGCGGGAAGGUCCAAGACUUCAUCACGGCUCAAAGUCAAAGGUAAACUUAAGACAAAGUGAUGUGCACAGCUGUUUCUAUGUUAGCAAAAUUGGUUUAUGGCAGGUUUUCAUUUUGCGUAGUUCACACCCAGGAUGCAUUCUUCCCUAUGUGUCACAGCCACAAGACACUGCCCGCCUAUCUGCCCUGUUGGGGUCAAAAUGGAUGUGGAUCGACCCAACAGCGCCCUGCUUACCUGGGCUCCUGCACCAAACAGCCAGACUUCCACCCGAUCGAUCUUUGUCGUGGAGAGACAAGAAGUGGGCUCCCAUGAGUGGCAGAAGUGUUUCACCUCAGAGACCACUACCACUACAGCUGAAGUUGCGGGAGACAGCGUGCCUUGUGAGGGUGACUACCGGUUCCGCGUGUGUUGCGUCAACAAGUAUGGGCGAAGUGGACAUGUGGAGUUCCCCAAAGCAGUCCAUCUAGGUAAGGAAAUAUUCAGAUUUGUAAAUGCAUGUUUUAUUGUUUUAGUUAUAUCUGAUGAUGGUUGUAUUUUUAAUUUAAUAUUCUUCUGCUUUUCUUAGUACCUGGUCCCAAAAUUCACAGUAACCUUAAAGGCUGUGAGGUGGUAGAAGGAGAGGAUGCCCACUUCAACAUUGAACUGUCUGCAACAAUGGUUGGAACCUGGUUCCUGAACAGCGCCCAAUUGCAGCAUGGUGGACGAUAUUCAAUCAAACAGUCCCAAACAAAGCACUCAUUGGUUAUUCAUGAAACUCGCACAACAGACGACACAGCAGAGGUUACGUUUAUAGCCAAUGGAGUCCGAGAUUCAACUGUCCUUAGAGUUAAACGUAAGUGAAAUUUUCUGUAAUUUUUGGAAAUUUUAGCUCAUCAUGGAUGUGUUUAUGAACGGUCUAAUUUUGGGUCUACUUUUUUGCAGCUGCUGUGAUCAAAUUCAGUCCUCUGUCAGACCUGGACAGCACUAAGAAAGUAGAAACAGGUGAUGCGAUUGUGCUCUACUGUGAAGUCUCCCACCCCUUCGCCAAAGUAUCUUGGUUCAAAGACGGGAAGGAGCUUGAAGGGACCGAUGGCCUUAACAUCCAAUCAGACGGGAACAUGAGGAGGAUUGUGAUUCACUCAGCUGAUGCAUCUCACUCUGGAGUUUAUACAUGUGAAACUUCAGGGGAUGUCGUCAAAUUUAAUGUGGAUGUUGCAGGUAAAGGGUUUGACAGAAAAUCUGAUCAUCAUUUGAACAUUUGUCCGUACAACUAGCAAAAGCAAUGAGUCAAUCCAUGUUUAUUGGUACGAUUCGACAAAAUUGCUGUCAGAUUAUUUUAGGUUUUAAAGUGAAAAGUCGGUCUAAUAGUCUGCCUGGUUUUAUUCAGGCCCUCCUGUGGAGUUUACUCCGAUCACAGAGGGAGAACUCCAUAAAAGCAGCAUGGAGCUGGACCCCGUGGUGCUGCUCUGUCACGUCUCAGCAGAUGAUGCUGAAGUUGUAUGGUAAGACGAAGAGGAUUAUAGGUGAUUUUUUUUCCAUUAACAGUUCUAGUUGGUCAGUCAAGUUACUGUGUCUUCCUUGGUGUUUUCCAGGUAUAAAGACGGCUGUGAAGUUAAACCCAGUGAGAACAUCACUCUGCAGGCAGAGGGAACCAUGAGAAGGCUGAUCAUUCGUUCUGCAGAGACCUCUGAUGCUGGAAGUUAUACCUGCCGUGCAGGAAACAACAGUAUAGAUUUCACUGUCAAUGUCAAAGGUACAUUGGGCCUUCUUGUUUGUCUGAGUAAUGUUUUGAUGAUCAAAAGGGAGCCAAAAGCAGAACAUAUGAGUCAUCACGACUCUGCUUCAUCUAACUUUUCCCACAGAGCCUCCGGUGAUGAUUGUAGAGCCUAAGGAUGAUGUUGUGAUGGAGGGCUAUGUCUCAGAGGAGAUUCACUUGCAGUGUGAGUUGUCCCGUUCAAGCGGGAAGGUGUGCUGGUUCAAGGAUGGCCAGGAGGUGGAGGAAAGUAACACCAUCCAACUAGUAUCUGAGGGCCCCUACAGGAAGCUGAGCAUCCUCAAGAGCUCUGUGGAGGAUGGUGGAGAGUACGUCUGUGAAACAAAUGGAGACUCCAUCUUUUUCCAGCUUACAGUCAGAGGUAAGACUAAAGUUUUCCUUUCCUUCAAUUACAUCACACAUUAAAAAAUGUUCUCACAAGGUUAAAUUUAAUUCUCCUCUACCAGAGCCAUUGGUCAGGAUCGUUUCUCCCAGUGAGGCAGACUUGGAGUUGACCCAUUUGGCACCCGAGAGGCUGGAGCUCAGCUGUGAAAUCUCCCAGGCAGAUGCUCCAGUCCGGUGGUACAAAGACAGCCUGGAAGUGGAAGAGGGUCCUAACCUGAGCCUUGAAGUAGAUGGGGCCCAACGCAGGCUAGUCAUACCUUUCACCACUGUGGAUGACACAGGGGAGUACAUCUGUGAUACUGAGGAUGACUCUGUGGCCUUCCUUGUGACUGUUCAUGGUAAGAAUAAGAUGAAAAGAUAUUAAUUUAACAUGAUUUAUGAAGAUUUAAUAGGUUGUAAUUUUGGAAACAUUUCUGUCCUUCACAACCCUAUAAUACCCUUGAUUCUGCACUUCUUUUAGAGCCACCAGUGACACUGAAUCGACCUCAAAACAUGCCUGACAAACUGGAGAGUGUUACAGGCAAACCAGUGGUGCUGGAGAUCGAGGUGUCCCGCAUAGGUGCAGAGGUCAAGUGGUGGCUAAAUGGCAAAGAAAUACAAGAGAGCAACAAUGUCACCAUCACCGAGGACGGACUCAUUCAUCGCCUGACAAUCCACUCUCCAACUCCUGAGGAUUCAGGGAAAUACACAUGUGAUGCUGGAGACGAUAAGAUUGAUUUUCAGGUCAAAGUGUCAGGUAAGAAGCAUUCCCAUGCCAGCUCCAAGAUGACUUCCCCUCCAUGAUGAAAUUUUGAUGCCAGUCUGUUUUUUUUUUAAUCACCAGAGCCUCCAGUGAAGAUCCUAAGAAAGUCAGAGAUUCAGACAAAUCUGAAGUCCCUGAUUUCUGAUGACAUUGUGAUAGAGUGUGAGCUCUCCAGAGCCAACGCUGUUGCCAAAUGGUACAAGGAUAACUGUCGUAUUCAGGGGAAUGAAAGGUUCUGCGAGGAAGAGGAAGGCCCUUUCCGCUCAUUGGUUAUUUUGAACACUGAAGUUGGAGACUCGGGCGAGUACUUUCUGGAUGUCGGAGAUGACAGCAUCAGCUACCAGGUUACAGUGGAAGGUAAUACCAUUCUAUACUGUUCUUCAUGGCUUUGGAUUUUUGUCCUGUCCUAAUCUUUCCAGGUCCGAUUUAAGGUCCAUUAUGUUAUAUCCUUUUAUAAUCUGGUAUUUUAAAUUCAAAAACAUUAUUCUUUGGCAUGGCAACAGUGGAGAAAGCUUCUGAAAUGCUGUUUAUUUAAAUAAAUGGUCUGGUUUAAAGGCUGUUCCUGUCUCCUUUCCCUGGGUUUAGAACCUCCAGUGAAAAUCGUGGGUAACUCAAAUGACCCUGACUAUCAAGAGAUGAUGGCUGGGGACGACCUUAUCCUGGCAUGCGAAGUGUCCCGCGCCAACGCCCCGGUCCAGUGGUACUGCAAUGAACGACUGCUUACAGAAGACUCCCGUACCUACAUUGAGACCUAUGGCACUUUGAGGAAAAUCAUCAUCUCAAAUGUCCAGCCGUCAGAUUCGGGGAAAUACGUGUGCGAUGCCGUCAAUGACAAGAUGAUCAGCGUUGUCAGGAUUCAAGGUAGGAACACAAAGUGAUGCUCUAAGAUAUUUCAUAAUCAGUAUCACAACAAGAUAAUCAAUGUUUCCUUCUCUCUCCUUUUCCAUCAAAGAGUCUCCAGUUACGUUCGUGAACAAGAAGGAUGAUGUUGUUGUGAUAGGUUAUGAAGCAGAGAGUGUAACUUUGACAAGCUACGUGUCCAAGGACAACGCUCAGGUGCGUUGGCUGAAAGACUGGACACAUAUUGAAGGGGAACGUUUCCGAGCACUCACAGAUGGCCAUGAGCGAACCUUUACGAUUGACCCUUUAAGGCGCUCUGAUGCUGGCGAGUACACCUGCGAUGUGAGCACCGAUCAGAUCCACUUCAGCUUAUUGGUGAAAGGUUAGCAUCUCACUUACAUGUCAUGAUAUUUUUAUUUUGAGUGGAAUAAAAGCCAUUUUAAUUGCUGCUUUUGGCGUCACAGAAAUGAGGAUCAAGUUCGUGAGCCCCUUACGAGACACUGUGGCCCACGCUGACGGAAUGGUGACCCUUCGUUGUGAGGUGUGCAAGCCAAAAGCAGACGUCCAGUGGCUGAGGAAUGGCAUAGAGGUGGUUCCAAGCAGAAGGUUCUCUAUUAGAGCGGAUGGGGUUGAGCGAAGUUUAACCAUCCAUCGUUUAGCGAGAGAGGAUGCUGGAGAGUAUGCCUGCGAGUCCAGGGAUGAUCGGACUGUAGCGACACUGAGAGUAGAGAGUAAAUAUCCCUUGAUUCAGAUUCUCAUUCUCAGAUUUUAUCGAGCGAGUCAAAAGGUUCAUGAUCUUUUGCUUUUCAGUGCCUCGAGUGGUGGAGUUCCUUACAGAGCUCCACAAUACGACUGUACUUGAAGGAGAAGAUGCUACCUUCAAGUGUGUGGUUUCCCCUGAGGAUGUCCAGUUGGUCUGGCUCAUGGACAAUGAGCCCAUCACAAUAGGUGGUCGUUUUGAGGCAAAUCAGAAUGGCUUGUGCCACACUUUGGUGAUCAAAAAGUGUCAGACGUUGGAUUGCUCCAGGAUUACAGCAGAGGCCGAGGGACAUAUCAGCAAAGCCAGCCUCAAGGUUCAAGGUAAGGCUGUUUUAUGAGAGGAAUAAAAGAUGGAGCAAAACCAUAUGCUUAUUCUGCUGUCUUUUCUCAUCAUUUUCAGAGGCUCAGGUCAUGUUCACCAAGAAAAUGGAGGCUGUCAUGGCUGAAGAGUUUGGCGAUGCCACCUUAGAGACAGAGAUCAGUCUUGAGACAGGAGAAGUGCAGUGGAUGAGGCAAGGGGUGGUCAUCCAACCCGGUGCAAGACACAUACUGGCACAGGAUGGAUGCAAACGCAUGUUGACCAUCCUGAACCUGACUCUGGCAGACCGGGGAACCUAUCGCUGUGAGACCUUGCAUGACAGGGCUCAGGUGAAGCUUAAUGUGGAACGUAAGUGGUCCAAAGUGUCAUUGCCGGGUGCAUAUAACAAUGACUAUGAUUCACUUCCAUUUGGCAAACAGAACCUCUAGCUUUUCUCAGAACUCCAAUUUACAAUCCAAAACAUCAAUUCUUCACAGGUUGUUAAAAAUCUAUAAAGCCUCUUGAACGGCAGCUGCAAUUUCAUGGUUUAUUGAGUUCUUACUUUGGCAGUUUGAGCAGGCUUUGAGACUAAACUUCUGGUUAAAUAUGGCACCUUAUGGACAUCCUUUUAUAAAUUUUAACUAUCUAUUAUUAAUGAUUAAUUACGUAGAAAUACAUAAAGGUAUAAUUACAAAAAUAAUUAAAAUUGAUUAAUAAAUUUAAAAUAAAUACAGGAAGGAGUUUAAAGUUGAAAUUUCGAGAUUAAAGUCAAAAUUUCGAGAUUCAAAAAAAAAAAUUGCAAAAAAAAAAUAAAGUCAAAAUUUCGAGACUAAGAAUUGAAAUUUUGAGAUUAAAAUCAAAAUUUCAUGAUAAAAUUGAAAUUAUCCGAUUAAAUUCGACACAAAUAGAGACGAAAUUUCAUGAAUAAAAUCGUCAUGUUGAGGUUCAUGGUAAUGAAUAACAGCAGUGUCGUUCGUCAUUCGGCAACAUGUCCUCUGUAGAACAGUUUGUAAAGCUUUACUUUAAAAUUGGAUUUAGUAACAAGGAAAUCCUUGCUCUUUCAGCACACAAACACAGUGUGGUCAGAAGUAUUCAGACUCUGACAGAAGAAAAAAACAGACCAACUUGAAGGAGGUUGCCGCCUUCGUGCAAAAUGUGUCAUUUUUUUAAAUUUCAACUUUAAUCUCGAAAUGGAAAUCAAAAAAAUCUCCUUCCUGUAAUUAUUUUUUCCUCUUCUUGUGGCUCUAAUCCUUUUUCCUACAUACUGUAUGUGGGUCAACAGAAGAACAGUUUAUAUUGUAAGGUGUUUUCAAAGAAUGUCACAGUGCAAAGAGAUCCCAAGAAUAGCAGGGCUAGACCUGGAAGUGUGAAAAGGUUUUUUGAAACACAGCCACGCUGUCAACAAUAGUGUGCUGAAUGACACACAGUGACAAUGGAGAAUGAAACUCCUGUAGGUGUUGUGUUUGUAACGUGAUAAACUAAGCGGGGUUAUUUUUAAAACACCUUUUGUUGUCCUUGGAGCACAGUGUUCUUUUCAAUGUACAAUACAGUCAAAAGUGUUGGUUUUCAAAAUACAGCUGUGAGACUGAAAGGUUGAAGAUGCAUUUGUGCCUAUUUUUAUAGUUAAGGGAGGUUAAAUUAUAUUAUUUUUUUAUCUCUUCCAACCCAGCCCGUAAAAUCUCCAUCCGCAAAGGCCUGAUCGACCAAGAGACCUUUGAGCGAGAGACUGCCUCCUUUGAAGUGGAGCUCUCCCACACAGACGUGGAGGGGAUAUGGCAGAAGGAUGGCAUCCGAGUAAAACCCAACAACCAGUUUCGAGUGAGCACCAACGGGUUAGUCCACAGCCUGACGCUGUCGAACCUCACCUUGGAGGACACAGGGACAAUCGCCUUCUCUGCUGAAGGGGUACGCACCAGUGCAAGGCUCAAUGUCAAAGGUAAAUGCCAACCUGUGGAGCUCCCUGAAUGCAGUGUUGGAUGAAAAGGGUUGACUGGUUCAUCCUUUUUAAAUUAAACAUUUACUCAAUUAUUUAAUGAUCACUUUUCUUUUAAUAGAUCAGUGGGCGACCACUUAAAGACCCUUGGAGAGUUAUAGACCUAAUUUUAAAACACAACUUUGCACUUUUUAUAAAUUUUCAGAGACUCCUGUGUCUAUCCUGAAAUCACUGUCUGAUGUCCGUGUGGAGGAAGAAUUCCCCGCUACUCUAGAGUGUGAAUUCUCCAGACAAAUUGUAGAAGUCAAGUGGCUUAAGGUAAAUUAAUGUAGUAAAUCCUCUGAACUGUGAACAGUUGUAGAGCAAAUGUCAGACUCCAAAGAAAUAUCUAUACCCCUUUGAUUUUGACCAGAACGGAGCAGAGCUAAAGCCAGGAAAGAACUACAGGAUCUACUCCAUGGGCCGAAAGCGCUUCUGUCAGAUCAUGCAGUGUUCCCUUGCUGAUUCUGGUACCUACACAUGUGACACUGGGGAAAUCAACACCUCUUGCACACUGGAGGUUUACGGUAAGUGUCUGAACAAGAGGAUCCACAAGAAAAUGAUUGUGAUCUGAGAACCUCAGCUUUUAAACCUUAUGAAAUACCCCCAUCUAGAGGCUGUAAUGACAAACUCCUGGUCUUCAGUGACAGUAAUUUUCUACUCCUCUAUUUCUAACGAAGCUGAUUUAAAUCUCUUCACUAACCUUACAGAGCACAAGUUGGAGCUAGUCCAAGAUCUGGAGGACCUUUUCAUCCAGGAGGACCAGAAUGCUGUCUUCAUGUGUGAGGUUUCUCUUGAGGAUGUUCCCGGGGAGUGGUACAAAAAAGGGCACAAGAUUCGGCCUACGAGUACCAUCAAGAUCCGCACUGAAGGUCAGAAAAAGAGGAAGUGGUUGAUUAGAAAACUGGAUGGAGCAAACAUUUCUGUCCUUACUGCGGUCGUUACUAAAGUUGGUAUAACUAGAGAAGCAAGCAGUCGGCAACAUUCAUCUCUUGAGGGGGUGUCUAACUCGGUGUUACGGUGUGUUUGACCCUAAACUAAUUUUACGCCGGAAUAUCCUUUCAAGACAAAAAAAAACCUUCUUAUAACCAUAAAAAGGAUGAGUCACCAAGAAGUAUUUUAUCUUGAAGUCAAAACACCAACAUUUUUAAAUAAUAGUUUCAACAGUAGAUAGAUUAUGUCUGUUUGUCUCUUUUAGGGACCAAACACUUCCUGCUUAUGUGUAAUGUAACACCAGAAGAUGCUGGAGAAAUCCGCUUUGCAGCGAGGGAUGUUAAAUCCACAGCUUACCUUGAAGUCGAAGGUGAGUCCAACUUUUAUCUUCUUCUGGUGCAUUUCAUCAGCUUUAAGAUGCUCAAAUGUUCUCCUCUCACUUCAGAACUUCCCGUCUCCAUUGUGAAACCUCUGCGAGAUCGAACAGCACUAGAGAAACACCGCGUGAUCCUUGAGUGCACCGUUUCCUCGCCUCGCUGCAGUGCCACCUGGUACAAAGGCAGAGAGGAGCUGUUUCCCUCAGAUCGGGUUGAGAUCCUGGCUGAUGGCUGCUCGCAUAAACUGGUGAUCCUGGAUGCGGCUGUGGAGGAUGAGGGGACAUAUAGCAUUGAGAUUGGAGAGCACACAUGCAAGGCUAAACUAAUGGUGGAGGGUGAGUUGGAUGGAGAACAUACAUUCUUACUGGAGCCACAAAUUCGUAGUCCAACAUCUCUCUCCUUUGUUUUUGCAGCCCAAGCCCUCGUCAUGGUCAAAGAGCUGGAGAAUGAGGAGGUAUUUGAGUCUGAGUCAGCAUGUUUCCAGUGCGAGGUGUCUGUUGCCAUCAACAAGCCACCAGUUUGGACUUUGAACGGAGAAACCCUACAGUCAGGUCCACUCGUCCGUGUGGAAAACCAUGGAACGGUCCAUAAACUGACCUUGAAAAACACCAGUGUGGACAUGAAUGGGGUGGUGAAGUUUACCAUGGGCAAAGCCAAGAGCAGCGCCACGCUGACUGUAAUUGAAAAGUGAAGAAAAGUGACUGACAGAAGAAGAAAUAAGAAUAUCUCACAUCUUUUCUUUGGAUGGCAUUGUUUCAAAGUGAGGAACUCAGAGAAAUUGUGCUUUCAAAUCUGGGGCAUGUCACUUCAGUGAAGUUAUUCCUUUUUUUUACAGUUUGGAUUAUAUUUAUUCGCCCAACAAAGAUUUCUAAUUGACAUUACACUGUUGUAUCUUGAUGGAAACUGCCAGAAUAAAAGAAAGUUGGGCUCGUUCAAAA